AGACUACAACAUGAACAUCUCACACACAAGACCAGCAAAAACAACCAACUAAUGAACAAAAUGAAAACGAGGCUUGAAACGCAAGCAGUACUCUCGCAUUGAAUCUCGCGAGAUUCUGUCAGUGCAAACAUGGCUGGUUUAGGUUUACUGCAUCGUACGGCUCAGGGGGUGUUUAAAGGGUUUCCCCGCUCUUUGGUUACUGCUCAGUUGCUAUCUCAUAGAUUGAAAUCUUCUAAGGCAGAUGCAUUGGCUCACGUACCUAGGGAAGGCACGGUGCAUGCGCCAUUGGAAACAUUCACGGAUGAAGAAAUCAUGAUGAAAGACUUAGUAAAAAAGUUUGCACAGGACCAGAUCGCCCCGCUUGUAAAAAGCAUGGAUAACAAUUCUAAAAUGGAAGACUCUGUGAUUCGAGGACUGUUUAAACUUGGGCUUAUGGGCAUAGAAGUGGAUCCACAGUAUGGAGGGACUGGAGCAUCUUUCUUCUCAGCCAUUCUUGUGAUAGAGGAAUUGGCCAAGGUGGACCCAUCUGUAUCUAUCAUGUGUGAUAUUCAGAACACCCUCAUCAAUGCCAUGUUCCACAGAUUGGGAACAGAGGCACAGAGGGAAACCUACCUCCCCAGGUUGUGCCAAGACAUGAUUGGCAGUUUCUGUCUGUCUGAGGCUGGGUCUGGAAGUGAUGCCUUCUCCCUGAGAACAAGUGCAGAAAAGCAGAAGGAUUAUUACGUUAUUAAUGGCUCCAAGAUGUGGAUCAGUAAUUCUGAGCAGGCCGGCGUCUUUCUUGUUAUGGCAAAUGCUAAUCCCUCUGAUGGAUACAAAGGUAUCACCUGCUUCAUCGUCCCCAGGGAGACGGAGGGACUUCACAUCGGCAAGAAGGAGGAUAAGCUAGGGCUAAGGGCUUCUUCUACUUGCACGGUGAAUUUUGAUAAUGUGAAGGUCCCAGAGACAAGUGUGCUGGGGCAUGUUGGGCAGGGCUAUAAAUAUGCCAUAGGGAUGCUGAAUGAGGGACGGAUUGGAAUAGCUGCACAGAUGCUGGGCUUAGCUCAGGGAUGUUUUGACCAUACUAUCCCUUACACCAAGCAGAGAACUCAGUUUGGGAAGAGAAUUUUUGAUUUCCAGGGCAUGCAGCAUCAGAUCUCACACGUAGCUACACAACUUGAAGCAGCACGACUUCUGACCUAUAAUGCAGCAAGACUGCGGGAAGCCGGGAGACCCUUUAAAAAGGAGGCCUGCAUGGCCAAAUAUUUCUCAUCAGAGGUGGCGUCAUUAACUACUAGCAAAUGCCUGGAAUGGAUGGGGGGUGUUGGAUUCACCAAAGACUACCCAAUAGAAAAAUACUACAGAGAUGUCAAAAUUGGUACCAUUUACGAGGGCACUUCUAACAUACAGCUUAGCACAAUUGCCAAGUUCAUCGAGCAGGAGUACUGAGCGUGCGUUCAUUCUGUCAAUCCAAAAAUCUUACGUGGACUGGCUCAUAAGUACAUAGUUUCCAGCACUACCAAUGAUUCAGAUUACUGAGUUAUCUACAUUUUGAAAUAAUCACAAUUUUCUUUAUGACGAUUGAAGUAAGCACUAUGAUUGUAUGGUCAGCAGACGUUUUCCUCUGUCACAGCACUACAACAGUUUAGUCUCUAUCUAUACCUGAAGCUAUUUCUUCAUCCUCUGAUAUUCUGUCUGUUAGGACCCAUAGCGGUGAAAGUAAAAGAGAGUAUAUAACAGGAGAGUUGUUACAGAACAUAUACGGUUAGGAAAAUGAUUAUCUAACUCGCAUUGCACCUUGAUAAAAGAAAUACAAUGGCGGCAAAUCUUUACCUAUUAUUAUGUGAAAAUUGAAAAUAUAAUUGAUGCAUGUUUAUUAAAAAUAUAUUUUAUUAUUAGAUCAGAGGUCUGUAUCACUUACUUUUGCUAAAGGGUCAUGAAACCCAAAUUUUCUCUUUCAUGAUUCAGAUAGAGCAUGUGAUGUUAAACAAUUUUCCCAUGUACUCCUAAUAUCAAAUUUUGUUUUGUUCAUUUGGUAUCCUUUGUUGAAAAUUAUAACCUAUGUAGACUCAGGAGCUGCUGAUUGGUGGCUGCACAUAUAUGCCUCAUGUAACUGGCUAAUCCGAUGUGUUCAGCUAGCUCCCAGUAGUGCAUUGCUGCUUCUUCAACAAAGGAUACAAAGAGAAUCAAGCAAAUUAGAUAAUAGAGGUACAUUGGAAAGUUUUUUAAAAACUGAAUUCUCCAUUUGAAUUAUAAAAGAAAAAUGUUAGGUUUCUGCUCUUUCUGCAAUAUUAGCCCAUUCAACUGGGUUGUGGUUUUAAAGCAAAAAUAGCAAUUUUAUUUACAAAAAUAAACCCAAAGAAACAAACUUCCAUGCAUAUAAUUAUCUGUAGCUGGUUUAACAAGUCCCUGGAAACCAAUUUUAGAGUACAGUGCCCCUUAACAUAGUGCUCUUUUACACGCAUGCUAUUUUUUUGUCCGUUUAAUGCCGCUUUAGCAAGAGCUACUUGGCUUAUGGUUUUCGCUACAUAGCAGACAUCAUUAUAUAGGUGUAGGGGAAGAGAGGGAGACACUAUAGGUAUCUAAACAAUGCUGAAGGCAGAGAAAAACAGCUGUAGCAUUUUAUGCACAGCACCUUCGCAAGGUUAACAUUGGCAAGUAAAAAAUAUUUGCAGAUUAUAUAUUUUAAAAACUUUGAGUAUAAUAUUGUUUCUUCAAGAUGCUCUAAUUGGUCAGGAAGGAAUCUCAGAGAGCAGGCUACAACUUGCGUCUUUAUGGAAUAGUUUGGUAACUUUAGCAUAAGUAAGAAAACAAAAAAAAUCCUGUCUGUUACAUAAAUAGAUUUACAUUGGUCACUUGUGAAUAAAAAAAAUAUUUUUAAAAUAACUCUUACCUGUACACAGGACAUUAAAAAAGACUGACUUUAUGCAGUAUGAAAAAAUAAAAACAUUUCUAUCUAUA